AUGGCGGCGGCGGGCGGCGGGCUGCUGGCGGCGGGGCUGUUCCGCGGGCGGGUCGCCAUCGUCACCGGUGGCGGCACCGGCAUCGGCAAGGCCAUUGCCGCCGACCUGCUGGCGCUAGGUUGCAGUGUUGUUAUUGCCUCUCGUAAAUUUGACCGAUUAAAAGCUGCUGCAGAAGAACUGAAUAAUAGAUUUGGUUCCAUGAGUCCUGCCCAAGUGACUGCCAUAGAGUGCAAUAUCCGCAAAGAAGAAGAGGUAGAAGCUUUGGUGAAGUCUACACUGAGUCUGCACGGGAAGAUUGACUUCCUGGUGAAUAAUGGAGGUGGCCAGUUUGCAAGUCCUUCUGAAGCCAUCCGUGCAAAAGGCUGGAAUGCUGUGAUAGACACAAAUCUGACAGGAACUUUCUAUUGUUGCAAAGCAGUGUACAAUGCCUGGAUGCAGGAUCAUGGAGGAGCCAUUGUCAACAUUACUGCUGCUGUGAGAAAUGGCUUUCCUGGAAUGUCGCACACAGGAGCUGCAAGAGCUGCAGUGAAUAACCUAACCAAGACUUUAGCUUUAGAAUGGGCUCACAGUGGAGUGAGAAUCAACAGUGUUGCUCCCGGACUGGUAUUUUCAGAAACUGCUGUUGCAAACUAUGGAGAACAAGGUGUAAUGAUGUGGUUAAAGAGCAUACCAAAGGUUCCUGCCAAGAGGUCGGCUGUUCCUGAGGAGAUCUCUCCUGCAGUAUGUUUCCUGCUGUCUCCAGCUGCAUCAUUCAUAACUGGGAUAACCAUGGUCGUGGAUGGUGGCCAGAGUUUGUACAGCCAUACCCUAGAAAUACCCAAUCAUGACAGAUGGCCCUCACCACCAGAAGGAAAAAAUUCUGAAAUGCUGAAAAAGCUUCUUUCUGGCGAGUUCAAACCAAAGCUAUAAAAGAAAGAGAUUUUACCUUGUUCCCUGU